AUGACGCGACAACUCCCCUGGGACCGAAAGGCACUGGAACGGACAGCGAGCCCGAAGAAGCAGACUGCGUCGACACCUCGGAGAACCACAACACCAAAUCGGGCUCCAUCUCGAGCAACGACGGUCGCUGCAUCACCGUUGGAUCACUCGAAUCAUAAGCCGGCCCGCUCAAACGGUUUCCUUGGAGACAGAAGCCCGUCAACUUCACCACCGCCAGAACCUCUUCCAGAAACCUUCAUGAUAGAAGGUCUUGAAAAUGACGAUAAAUACCGCAUGGUCGAGGACGAACUCGUCACAAUCGCAGGUCACUUCACAGCACACCUCCACGCUGCAGAAUAUCAGCGCCUCAAAGCCCAAACACGUACCCAAAACGCAGAAACCAUCAAGACCAUUUCACGCCCCGUCGUCGGGUCUCUCACCGAGCUCGCGCGCAAACGCCAGGAAGAGCUACUCCGUAAGAAGAAGCAGCGCGAGGCGCUGCGCCGCGCAAAGAGGGAUGCCGGCAGGGACGACGAGGACACUGGGGAUGAGACAAACGUGCCGUGGCGGGGCACGUCGCUGCAGGGGCUCAUGCACAGUCCCAAGAAGAAGGAGGUGCCAUUGAUGGCGCUGACGAGAGCGGAUUCGGGGAUGAGGACGUCGGCUUCGGGGUUGUUUGGGGGUGUGGUGAGGUCUUCUCAGAACAAGAGGCCAGCGGCGCCGGCGAAGAGGAGUACGCCGGUGGAUGAGGAUACGACCGAAGACGAGAGUGAUGACCUUGGGGGACCCGUUGAAGGCCCGGCCAGGAGAAAUAUCGACCACAAAAGACCGGCUUGUCCAUCGAAAACCAUUGCAAAGGUCCAGAGCCGCCGACCCAGUCAUCAGCAACGAACGAUGCAGCCGAACAGCACACGACUGCCCGAUACGAAAGCGUCUUCAAAUGCUCGCGGGCCCUUGGGAACAGCGGCUUCGAAACCGAUCUCAUCCACCAGAGCGGCUACAAACACACCACCUACGAACGAUGAAGAGGAUGAUGACGACGACGAUGAUCUAUUUACUAGACUGAAGAAUCGGAGAGCGAACGCGAGGCCUCAGCGGCGGGUUCCAGUGAAGAAGGAGAAGCCAGACUCAAAGGAAGCCGGAGACAUCAUCCCGUCAUUCCUAUGA